AUGACAAGAAAGAAGUGCGUUGGAGUUUUGGCGUUACAAGGUGCUUUUCAAGAACAUAUUGAUUUUUUGGAAAGAGCUGCAUUAGAGAAUUGCUACAAUGUAACUGUCAUUCCAGUAAGAACGAAGAAAGAAUUGCAUCUCUGUGAUUCGUUAGUAAUUCCCGGUGGAGAAUCUACAACAAUGUCAUUAAUUGCACAACGUACCAAUUUUUUUGAUGAUUUAUAUACUUUUGUCCAUUCUUCCCAGAAAAGCGUCUGGGGUACUUGUGCCGGUUUAAUAUUUAUUAGCGAUGAGUUAGAAAAUCAGAAUGAAUUGAUAAAAACACUCCACUUAUUGCAUGCUCGUGUGAAGAGGAAUGCGUUCGGAAGACAGGCUCAAUCAUUUACAAAAGUUUGUGAUUUUUCCGAAUUUAUACCUGAAUGUACUGAUUUUCCCGCUACUUUCAUCAGGGCUCCUGUAAUAGACAAAAUAUUAGAUUCAGAAACUGUAAAGCCAUUAUAUACGAUACCAAAUAAUGACGAGGAAGAUGUCAUUGUGGCAGCACAGCAAGGUAGUAAUGUUUUAGUUACAUCAUUUCAUCCUGAAUUGGCAGAUGAUGACAUUAGAUUCCACGAAUGGUUUUUAAAGAAAUUUGUUGUAGAUUUUUAG